GACGGUCGCGAAUCCAAGAUCGAUACACACAAGCACGACUCGGUGUCGCGCGCCAGGUCGGGGAAAGGGGAGUGGAAACCCGAGCUCGCUUCUUCGUCCGAGCAGGCAAUCCAAGGAGAAAAGAACAACAUGUCAAUGGAUGAGAUGCAGAAAAUGGGCGAGAAGAAGGCAGAGGAGGGAAAGACUCCCAGCGGCAGCUCGAGCUCGCACAAGGCUUGA